AUUGAAGACUGCUGAAACACCUAAAACUUUUCUUGCUUGCGAUCUUCCAUGGCUUGAAGGAACUCAUGAGAUGUCACGAUUACCGUAUGACCACUCGUUCAACUUACUGGGAAAUCUCGAACAUCUCUUCAACCCAAGAAAAUGGUGUUUUUAAGAAUCUUUUGUUUUCAGAGUUUGUUCCCCGCGGUUCACGCACUCCAAAACCCUAUUACCCAAUCACAUUCUUGUUUUUCAACUAUUGGCCGAUUCUCACGCCUCCUUGUAAUUCACCAGAGAUCUGUUCCCUUUUCGUAUCCUUUCUGCACCAAAACUGAUACGGAUUCAGACAACAUUGAUGUUAGGCCGAACAAACGGAAUAAGAAACCCCUAGAUUUUUUCUUCAAAGAAGCGGUUGGGAUUCUGGAAGCUCUUCCACAUGAUGGACAUGGAUUGGAAACAGGUCAGGUGAGGUGUAAAUUGAGAAAUCUGGAAGAAGAAGUCAGAGUUCUGCAAGAGAACAGUAAAAAGCAAAUAGACGAAAAGAUUGAGAGACGAGAAAGGAAAAUACAGGCAUUGUCGAAGAAGGAUGAUGAAGCUACAGAAAACCAAUCUAUCGCAGGUAGUUUACAGAAAUUAUUUACAAACAAUUCAUUUAACAGUUCAAAGGCUCCAAUGGAAAAGGAUCUUAUGGUUGGGAAGAGGCUAUCAUCUGAAAUGGUUAUGCUUGUCACUCACCUGUAUGAGGAGGGGUACUUCAAAGAUGCAAACUUUUUGCGUAAGAAUAGGUUUGAUAUUACUCGCUUUGAUGAUAGCUAUGCUUUGCACUACAUCAAGCACGCGGUUAGGGAGUUUGCAACUGAUAAACAGGAAGUUGUCAAAUGGUUGUCUGCUAGUGACUUGAAAAAGGUAGCUCUCUUUGGUUGCCCUUCUGUUGUGAAGAAGAAUGUGUAUUCAGCUAAAGUGUUGCGUAGGUUCUUCAAGAUACAAGAAGACACAGUGUGCGGAAAAUGUGGUUUAAGAGAUUCAUGCAAGUUUGAGAAUCAGAAUAUGUGGAACAGUGGUAAUGCCAAAGUGAUUCACCUUCACCAUGUAAUGAGGAUUAUCAUUCUCUAUGCCUUGGAAUCAGUGCCUCAAGAAUUGCAUGUUCCUGAAGAAAUUAAGGAAUCCGUCAACCGGUUGCUUGAGGAGGUUGUUAACCUUAGCAAGGUUUGUUAAUAAAGACUCAAGGAUGAUAAUGUAACAGUCUUUCUAGCAAUAGAACGUUGCAAUUAAGACAAUAAUGAGUUAAUGACUUCGCA